AUGAAACCUCCCAAAUCAUUUCUGUUUCUUCAGGAAAGAAUCCAGGCCCAUUUGAAGACACUGAGGGAAGAGAGAGAAAAGCUGCUGGGAUUCAAAGCGACUAGAAAGGGGAAUAGCCGGGAGUAUCUGAAACAAACACAAACUGAGAGGCAGAAGAUUGUGUCUGAAUUUCAGCAACUGCAGCAGUUCCUGGAGGAACAAGAGCGACUCCUGCUGGCCCAGCUGGACAAGCUGGACGAGGAGAUUGUGAGGAUCCAGGAUGAAAAUGUCAGUCAACUCUCCGAGCAGAUUUCCCAUCUCAGUGAGCUGAUCAGUGAGAUGGAGGGGAAGUGUCAGAAGCCAGCAAGUGAAUUCCUGCAGGAUAUCAGAAGCACCUUGAUCAGGUGUGAGAAGGGGAAGUUCCAGCAGCCAGAGGAGAUUUCUCCUGAACUGGAAGAGCGAGUCAGUGGUUUCUCUCAAAAAAUGAUUGUGCUAUUGGAGAUUCUGGGGAAGUUCAAAGACACUCUGCCGUCUGCAGUAGAGACAAAAAGAGGAGGAUCCCUAGGAACAUUCAGACAGGCGAAUGUGACUCUGGAUCCAUACACGGCUCAUUCCAAACUCAUCCUGUCUGAGGAUUGGAAAAGUGUGAGAGAGGGGGAGACACGACUGCUUAACACUCCUGAGAGAUUUGACACUGAGCCCUGUGUGUUGGGCUGUGAGGGAUUCACUUCGGGGAGACAUUGCUGGGAGGUGGAGGUGGGGGAUGGGGGAGGCUGGGCUGUGGGUGUGGCCAGAGAGUCUGUGGUGAGGAAGGGAGGGAUCAGCCAUAACCCUGAGGGGGGGAUCUGGGCUGUGCAGCGGUGGGGGGGUCAGUUCCGGGCUCUCACCUCCCCUGUGACCCCCCUGCCCCUGAGCCGGGUCCCCAGCAGAAUCCGGGUUUGUCUGGACUGUGACCGGGGGCAGGUGACAUUUAUUGAUGCUGGUGACGAGGCCCCGAUCUUCACUUUCCCGCCGGGCUCUGUCCCUGGGGAGAGAAUCCGACCCUGGCUCUGGGUGUGGCUGGGAUCCCGGCUCAGACUGUGUCCCUGAAGGGGAGGGGGGAGGGGCAGGGAGGAAUAUCCCACCAGAGAACUGGAAAUCAACCUUUCUAGCCUCACACCCCUAGGGUUACCAUUCGUCCGGAUUUACCCGGACAUGUCCUCCUUUUUGUGCUAAAAAUAGCGUCCGGGGGGAAUUUUAAAUAACUCAAAAUGUCUGGGAUUUCCCCCCCAGGCAGAGCAGA